AUGUUGGGGGAGGGCAAGGGGAAGCAUGGGGGAGAGGUGGAGCCGCGGGAAGAGCAACGGCAGGCGGAAGGACCGCAGGCCCGUGGGCGCGGCGGGGGACGCGGGCAGGGGAAGGCGACAGGAGGCGGAGCGGGCGGCAGUAGAAGCAGCGGCGGGAACGCCAACGUCAGCGCCAGGAGAGUGCUGCGCAAGUCUGUUACAGAGCCCCGCGGGGCGCUUAAUAGCGCGGCUGCUAGAGCGCGGCUGGGCGCGGGGGGCGCGGAAGGAGGCGCGGGGGAGGAUGGGGGGGGUGCGUUGGCGGAGGAGCAGCGGCAGCGCACGCUGCAGCAGGUGCGGCUGCACCAGCUGUGGGCGGAGCAGAGGCAGCGGCGGCGGGAGGAGAUGCGGCUGGCCAAGGCGCAGGAGAGCCAGGGGCGCGGGGAGGCGGACGCGGACGCUGGGCGCGCGGGGAUGGGGGGAGGGGGAGGGGCGGAGGGAGAAGGGGGUGCGGGGGGAGGAGGGGGUGCGGUGGGAGAGGGGGACGAGAAAAGAAAAGAAUUAGGGUUGAAGAAGGAAAGGGCAGUGGGGGCAGACGAGUCCACGCUGGGGAUGGUGCACGCACGGGCAGGGGCACAGGCAGGGGCACAGGCAGGAGAAGCAAGCAAGCAGGCGGAGGAGGAAAACCAACAGCAGCAGCUGGGGAAGCAGCAGUCGGAGCAGCUACACUCGGAUAAACCAGAGUCGGAGCAUCAGCAGGCGCAGCAACAGCAGCAGGAGCAAGAGCAGGAGCAGCAGCAGGGAGUGGAAGAGGAGAGGGAGCAGCAGGCACACGGGGGUGCAUCUGCAGGCUCAGCAGAACCGGAGCCAGUGCUGCUGCGCAAUGUCUCCAUCCUUCGUGCCCGCCAGUACCAGCAGCAGCAGCGCUCCCCUCUCCUUCCUCUCUCCCCUCACUCCCCUCCCUCGCCUUCCUCUCCCUCCUCCCUUUCCUCCCCUUCCUCCCCCUCCUCGUCCUCCUCGCCCCACUCGCCGCUGCACCCUCGCUCUCUGCAGCUGCGUCCUGCGGCUGUGGAAUCGGAACAACGGGUGCAGCACACACACUUAGCGCACCCGCCAUUGCAGCAGCGCCAGCCGCCGCAGCAGCCGCAGCCGCAACAGCAGCAGCAGCAGCAGCAACAGCAGUUUGGGUCAGCGGCUGCUACUACAAGUGCUCGUGCACCAAGCAACGGCUGUGAUUAUCUCUCUAGUGACGGCGAGGAAUCACACGGGGCGCUUUCAGGUUCGGGUCUUUCUGGCUCGGGCGUUUCUGGUUCGGGCGUUUCUGGUUCGGGUGGGUGGUUCGGGCACAGUGUGGCGCAACGCAGCUGGGAAGUGCAGCAGAUGCAGCGAGAGGUGCUGGAGGAACUAGAGGAGGAAUGGCAGGCGGAGAGGCGCAAGGAGAGGGAGUGGGAGAGACACAGGGAAGACAGUACUCAACGCAACCAGAACCACCAAAGCUCGCAGCAGCAGCAGCAGCAGCAGCAGCAGCAGCAGCAGCAGCAGCAGCAGCAGCAGCAGCAGCAGCAGCAGCAGCAGCAGCAGCAGCAGCAGCAGCAGCAGCAGCAGCAGCAGCAGCAGCAGCAGCAGCAGCAACGGCGGCGGCAGCAGCAAAACCAGCAGCAGCACCAGCCGCAGGAGCCACAGCAAUGCGGUGGUUUUGCUGCAGCAGGCCACGUGUGCGCUGCUGCUGGUGGUGGUUGUGCUGCUGCUGCUGCUGCUUCACAACCCUGCGUUGUGCAUCAUGGUGUGCAGUGCAGCGUGCAUUGUGCUGAACCCGUUUUGUCCCCUUCUCCUCGCUCCCUCCCGCCUCAUGCACCCUGCUCCUGCUCCGUUUCCGCUGCUUCUGCUGCGCCCCCCUCCUUCCCGCAUUCUCUCUCUGCUCCUCUGCCUGCUGCUUUCUCGUCUCCGCCAGUGCACCCCUCCUGCUGCCCGCACCACACCAUCCCGCCCGCCCCUCCAGCCGCCGCUCGGCGCGCCUCCCACCCCAUGCACCCCCCUGCCCCUCUCCCCCCUCGCGCGCCUUCCUUCCCCCCACACCCCUCCGCCUCCGCCUCCGCCUCCGCCUCCGCCUCUGCUUCCCGGCGCCUGUCUAAAGCUUCAAGCGCGCCUCAGCGGUCCCGCGUGUGGGAUAGCGUUCCCAGAAGCCCCUUGGGGGACAGCAGCAGCAGGCUGAGAGGGGGACAUUCCGUGUGGGAGGAGGAGGAGGAGGAGGAAGAGAACGAUGAGGGAGAGGAUAGCGCGCACACGUGGCAGAAAGGGAGUGUGGAGGAGGAAGAGGAGGACGAUUUUGUCGAAUUGAAUGGAUGGGAGGAGGAUGAGGGAGAUGGGGGGCAUGGGGGACAUGGGGGAGAGAUGCCACCACACGAUCAUGGAGCAGAGAGGGCGCAUUGUGGGGUGGGGAGAAGGGAGGGUGUGACGGCAGGCAUGGGCAUGGGGAGGGGCAAGGGCGCUGGCACAGUGGGUGCUGGCAGUGGGCGUGUGCGAGAGGUGCAGCAACAGCAGCAUUAUGAGCAGCAGCGGCAGUACCAGCAACAGUACCAGCAGCAGCAGCAGCAGCAGCAGCGUGGCGAGAGGGAGGCGGUGUUCCGAAAGGCAAGGAGCGUGCCAAAGAGGCUGCUGAACCAGUCCCCACGCUCCUCCCACUCGCCCUCUCCGUGCCUCUCCAUGCCUCUAACCCACCAUCUGAUUCCCUCCCCUCGUGCCAGUCAUCCCAGUGCCUUUCCUCCCACCCGCCGCACACGCACACUCUCAGGCCUCCCAGACACAGUCCCCGAGCAACACACCGCCUCCCCACCCCCUCCCAACCCCUCCUCGUCCCUCUCUCCCCACUCACUUUCUCACCCCCACUCCCACUCUCACUCUCACUCCCUCUCUCACUCCUCCUCGCCCUCUCUCCCAUCUCCCCGCUCCCUCACUCCCAACCAGCCGCAGCAGUUCCAAUUCCCGCCCUCCUCCUCCCUUCCCUCAACCGUUCAAGCAGGUGUGUUCUCACCCCCUGUGCUCCUCCCCCCGUCCUCUUCUCUCCCUGGUCCUCUUCCAUCCCCCAGAGCUGCUGUGCCGCGGCAAGGGGGCUUAGCCCUCUCCUCUCCUAGAGCGACUCUUGGUUUUAACCCUGCCUCUGCUGCUGGUGCUUCUGGUGGUGGUGCUGCUGCUGGUGUUGGUGGUGGUGGUGUUGCUGCUGCUGGUGCCACAGGGAGAGGGUGGGCAGGAGGCAAGGCAGGGCGGGCUAUGGUGAGAGUGAAUCCCUUGCAGCUGCCGGGACAGGGGGUUAGAGAGGGGGGAAGAGGCCGCGGGGGUAGAGGUUCGAGAAACACAGAGCGGUAUGGACAGAGCUUGGGGAGAGGGCAGGAGGAGGAGGACGAGGAGGAUGAUGCAGGCGGUACGGCAGGAGAAGGGGAUAGCGAGGAGGACUUCUGGGGAAGAGGGGUACGAGGAGGGGGAGCGGGGUACCUGAUGGGACCCCUGUCCGCCCGUGGGGCCGGUGGGCGGGAUAGUGUGGCGUUUAGUCACGCCCAUGCCCACCAGCAGGAGCACCACAGCCAGCAAGGCGGGUGGCAGGCGCUUGUGACACCGCGGCGGGAUGGCAGGGGGGGAGCAGAAGGGAGGGGGAGAGCGGCAGAAUGGAAGGACCCAGAUGGGUGGUGGGGUCGUCAUGAUGAUGGGGUUGCUGCUACUGCUUCUGCUGCUGCUGCUGCUGGUGGCGCUGCUGCUGCUAGUAUUACUACUGCUCGCUCUGCUGGCAGUGCUAGUGGUGGUAGUAGUUGUGGCAGUGGCUCUGAUGCUGCUAUGAACGCCUUUGCUCGUGGUGGUGCUGGUUCCAGAGGUCAAGCAAGAGAAAGCGCACUAAGCACACGCAGCACACUCCCAACCGCACACGCCCCUUCUCUGCGCCUCAGCUCCCCAUCCCUGCAACGCCACUUCCCCACCUCCCCCCGCCCAGGCCGCACCACCCCACAUCUCCUCCCCUCCUCCCCCCGCCCCGUGCCCUCCUCCUCCCGCGCACUGCCCCUCUCCCCCCGCCCCUACCACACCCCAGCCUCCGCAUUCCCCCUCAAAGCGCCACCCUCCCCGCCCCUCUCCCGCAGGACCUCCGGCCCCCCUCUUUCCCCCCGACCCCCUCACCCCUCAGCCUCCUCUCUCCCCCUCAAAGCCCCCCUCUCCCCGCCUCUCUCCCGCAGAACCUCCGGCUCGCCUCUCUCGCAGCGCCUGUCUGGGUCGCCUCUCUCGCAGCGCUUGUCAGGCUCACCCCUGUCCCAUAGAACAUCAGGGUCGCCGCUCUCUCACUUGGGCAGUGACCUAGAGGGAGAGGUGGAGAGAGCGUGGCGACGCACGGGAGGCCCUUCGUCCCCUCCUCUGGAGGUGUCUCUGAGGAAAUUUAGGAGGGAGCUGAGUGGGAGGCUUAGUGGGGGGGUGGGAGGGUCGCAGGGUGGGGAGGGGGAGGGCGGGAGGGAGGAUGGGGCGUUUAAGUUUCAGCACUCCAGCCCGUGCAAGCCGGGGGAAAGGGCGCUGGUAUCACAUGAGAGGCACCGGCAUGAGGUGGGAGUGGAGAUGCAUCCUGCAGAUCACCAUUACCACCACCACCACCACCAGCCGCAGCCGCAGCUGCAGCAGCACCAGCACCAUCAUCAUCAGCAGCAUCAUCAUCAUCAGCAGCAGCAGGUGUAUGCUGGUAUGAUGGAGCCACAGCAGGUGGAGGAGCCACCAGUACGAUCAGAGAUUCUCAUUAUUGACAACUCGUCUCCCAGCGAUAGUGAGGAAGACGAAGCCGACCUGCACCACCACCACCACCCCCACCCUGCCUUCCCCACUCACCAUCCUGUCCCCCUUUCCGUUCCUGCCCCUGCCACCACACCGUCUUUCCACGCUCCCCCUACCACGCCUGCUCUCCUGCUUGCUGCGGCCGGGGCUGCUCUGUCUGCGUCUACAGGCCUCUCUUCCGGAUCACCAGCAGCAGCAGCAGCAGCUGCCGCUUCUCCCGCUAUCACCACAGCUACACGCGGUCUGCCCACGCUCCAUGCCACUGCUGUUAUGCCCCGCAUUCCCACGCCUGUGUCUCCCCGCCUACACUCGUUUUCUACUGCUGCCUCCUCCUCCUGCUCCUCUGGAGCCGCGCCCAUAGCUUCGGCAGGAGGAACUGUAGCAGCUGGAGCAGGAGCAACAAGAACAGGAGCAGCACGAGGAGCAGGAGGAGCAGGAGCAACAGCAGGUGUGCACACACAAGGGGUCCAGCAGGCACCAGCCCUCACAGCCGCUGCUUCUAGUGCUGCUGUUUCCAGGGGGAGUGCGAGAGCAGGCAGCAUGGGAGACUGGCUUGAUGGCCAGGAUAUGAACACGUCUGUUCUCGCCGAAAGCGACGGUACCAUGAUCACAGACCUGCAGCUGCAGCAGCAGCAGCAGCAGCAGCAGGGAGAGGGCUCGGAGUUUGGCUCUCCACCCCGCCAGGAGCAGCAAGCAGACUCGGAGGCGCCUCUAUCGCCUCUCACCCCGCCCCUCUCGCCCCUGCUCCAGCACCGCAUGCUGCUGUUCUGCGGGCCUGGGUGCGUGCCCUUGCCUUUUGCUCCUGCUGCGCUGGGACUAGACAUGCCCAAGCGGCUGUCCGCGAAAGAUAGGCAGGCGUCUGCUCCUGUUGGUGCUGCUGGCGCUGCUGGCGCGUUGGGGGUGGGGGGAUUGGGUGGAGAAUCGGGGUCAGCAGAGACAGGAGGAGGAACAGGAGGAGGGGGUGGAAGGGGAAAAGGCAGAGGAGGGGAAAUGGCACAGAGCAUGGUGCAAAGGGAGGGAAAUGCAGGCGAAGUUGAUGGUGGGGGUGAAAGCUUUGCAAGGGUGAGGGGGAAAAAAAGGCCAGGAAGCUGGAAAGACAAGGCUGAUGGUGGCACCGAGGCAACAGCAGGGAUGGGGAAGUCUGGGGGUUGGAGUGGGGAAACGAGUGUCACACGGAGUGUCACAGGGAGUGUUAUGGGAAGUUCUGAAGGGCAUGGGGAAGCACCAGUUAUUAACGGAGGCUGGGGGUCUCCUGGGGAAGUGCAGGGGGGUGGAGCGGUGGUGGCGGGGCGGAGAGUGGUGGGGAAGAAGGAGCUAAACGAGCAGCGGCGGGCGGGCAGGAGAAAGGGGUCAUGGGGCAGUGCAGUGUUUGAAGGACUCAUGCUGCGGCGCCAGCGCUCCAAAGCCAAGAACGAUGCGCACAUCGCGCUCACGUUCCUCCCUCCCCUCGCAAUCACGCUCACAUGCACCUGUCUUCGCAUCGCCUCCGCGCUCAAGGUCUCCCCUCCCAUCGCGCUCGCUAUCUCCUCCCCUUUUCUCGUCGCGCUUGCUAUCUCCCCCCCUCUCCCCGUCGCGCUCGCUAUCUCCCCCCCUUUUCUCGUCACGCUCGCUAUCUCCCCCCCUCACCACGUCGCGCUCGCUAUCUCUGAAGAGAUUUUUGCUCUAACGGAUGAACGAGCUCUACGGAAUGCUUUCUGUGUAGACACGAUAUUGGUGGUUCACUAA